CCUAUUCGUGGUCAUAACGGGCAAGCGGGACGCACCAGGACCGGGACAGAGCUCUCAAGAGAGAUUUAGUAUCCCGGGGACAGCCUGUGUUCUCUACCAGGCUAGACCCAGCAGACAGAUGAGGGCUUGGGAAGACUGGUGGCCUGAGCCCAGAGUAUGUUCCAGAUCCCAGAGUUUGAGCCGAGUGAGCAGGAAGACUCCAGUACUGCAAAUAGGGGCCUGGGCCCUAGCCUCACUGGGGACCAGCCAGGUCCCUGCCUGGCCCCAGAUCUCCUGGGGAGCAUCGGACACCAACGAGGACAGGCAGUCAACAGCAGUCAUCAUGGAGGCGCUGGAGCAAUGGAGAUCCGGAGUCGCCACAGUUCGUACUCCGCGGGGACCGAGGAGGAUGAAGGGAUGGAGGAGGAGCUCAGCCCCUUUCGGGGCCGCUCGCGUUCGGCUCCCCCCAACCUCUGGGCCGCGCAGCGGUACGGCCGUGAGCUCCGAAGGAUGAGCGAUGAGUUUGAGGGUUCCUUCAAGGGACUUCCUCGCCCAAAGAGCGCUGGGACUGCCACACAGAUGCGACAAAGCGCUAGCUGGACGCGUAUUAUCCAGUCCUGGUGGGAUCGAAACUUGGGCAAAGGAGGCUCCACCCCCUCCCAGUGAUCUGCUCCACAUUCCCGGAACUGUACCAGCUCUCGUCACCCGCCAUGUUGGGUGUGGGCGGAAGUCCGAGCCUUGGGGAUAAAAAGAGGAUCGCUGUGUCCCUUCAACAGGGUGAAGAGCUGGCGAACAGCUCGAGUCGCUUCCGGUGCGUGCAAUAGCCACGAAGGGGUGGUUCUCGUUGGAAAUUCUGAAGUUUCCGCACCCCCCCACCCCAGCUUCCGGAAGUGGCAACUUUUCCCCUCUCCGGUAACAGGCCGCCCUCAGGCGCCUGCGCUAAAUUGCGAGCCGGGGUAAACCGUGACUCGGCUGCAGCCCUAUCAAGCAAAUGGUCGCAACAAACGUGCUUUAUAAUAAAGCCCGCGCCUGUGC